AAAAUUGAUCUAUGCAUAGGCAAUUCAAAAUUUCAAAUGGCUUGUAAAAUGAGGUAGUCUACCUCCCCGUGAUUCCGCAAUAAUCUGUCUGUCUAAUGUCUCUGUUUGGUUACGUUUGGGAAUACAUCAAUCUCUGCUUUCAUUGCCGGUCAAUGUACGCAGCCCCACUCAAGGUUGCUUGUGUUCCCACUCAGCAAUCGCCGAUCACUACGUACGGACGCUAGCUACCUCAAUUCCGACCCUGCUUAUAAAUACCACCGACUGAUCAAUAAAGAGGAAUUGAGUAUAUAUUAAGCUGAUCGAGCAAACGGAACCUAGCUUGUUCCGGCCUCCCUAGCUUUAAAUUAUCAUGGCGCCCCAUUUCUGCUUGGCCGCCAUUAUCAUCCCAUCGCUAUUCCUCGCCCUCUCCUCUGCUUCGACGAGCCAACUGCCGCCCUCCGCCGUUAAUGCCUGCAAGGUCUCGAGCGACCCACCGACUUACGAGUCCGAACUGGCUACCUCCGGCCUGAAGACCUCUUCUGACCCGACAGCGGUCCAGAUCAUCCACGCGGCGAUGAAAGUCUCUUCCGAUAAACUUGGGACUGCCAAAUCCAAGGUGGAGGAUAUCCGGAAAAGCUCCGCGGGCAAUCACAACAUGACAGUCGCGGCGGACACGUGUCUCGAGCUGUACGGAUACGUGGAGCACCGGGCGAAAUCCGCCGGCGUGGCCCUCGACGGCGGCGAGAUCAAGGACGCCCGGGCGUGGAUGAGCGCCGCAUUUGCGUACCAAUACGACUGCUGGUCGGCGCUCAAGUACGUCAACGAAUCCUCGCAGGUCAACGACACAAUGGCGUACACGUGGGCACAUCUUCUGUUCACCGGCGACGUGCUGGGAAUGCUGGCCAACUACGACCAGAAAGGGGGCGAUACCACGUUGUGGGGCCCGACGAAAACCGAGCGCAACGGGUUCUGGGAGAAGACCGAAUACGAGUCCGGGCCGGCUAUCGUGGGCGGGGUUCCAUCCGGGUUGACCGCGAGCGUCACGGUGUGCAAAACUAAUAAGCAGUGCAAUUACCAGAAAGUGCAGGACGCCGUAGAUGCCGCUCCGACUUGGGGCCGGCAGAAGUUUGUGAUACUGAUAAAGGCCGGGCUCUACGAGGAGAUAGUUCGGGUCCCGUUUAAUAAAACGAAUGUGGUGUUUGUAGGGGAAGGCAUGGGCAAAACUAUCAUUACUGGAGACUUGAAUGUGGGCAUUCAACUAAAAACCACCUACCACACUCCAACUGUUGGUGUGAAUGGAGACGGAUUCAUGGCGAAGAACCUCACGAUCAAGAACACGGCCGGCAUCGGAGCUCAUCAAGCAGUGGCCCUCCGGCUGGACAGUGAUCAUUCCAUCAUAGAAAGCUGCGAGUUCAUCGGCAAUCAAGACACUCUCUACGCCCACUCCCUUCGCCAGUACUACAAGGACUGCCACAUCCAAGGCAACGUCGACUUCAUCUUCGGAAACUCCGCCGCGGUCUUCCAGGACUGCACGAUCUCCGUCGCACCCCGGCAACAGCACCCGGAGAAGGCGGACAAGGCCACCGUGACGGCCCACGCGAAGCUCAUCGCGGCUCAGACCACGGGCUUCGUCUUCCUCAACAGCAUAAUCAACGGGACGGAGGAUUUCAUGCAGUUUUAUGCCAAACAGCCCGAGCAGUUCGAAGGCAGCUGCUUUCUGGGAAGGCCGUGGAAGGAGUAUUCGAGGACGGUGUUUAUAGACUGUACGCUGGGGGAUCUUAUUUCUCGGGAGGGAUGGGAGAUCUGGGACGCCAACUCCACUUUGAGUAACCUUUACUAUGGGGAGGUGGGCAGCAAAAAUGCGGCCGGAAAAACUGUUGACACGACGAAGCGUGUUCCUUGGAGUAGCCAAAUCGACAGUAAAAAUGUGCCUUCCUUCUAUCCCCAGAAUUUCAUCCAAGCUAGUAAAUGGUUCUCCAACUCUUAAUUAGCUUCUUGAUUAUGAUCAAUUAUACAAUUCAAGUCCCGCCUGGGCUAUAUAUGUACUCUUAUCGUCACUUCAUAACUAAAAUUUCUCUUGUAAUUUUCUCUUGAUUACAAUUUCCUCCUUUUUCUACAUAAUAUGCACCUCCC